AGCGUUUUGCUCUAGCGCAUCGAGCUGCGCACGAGCCCCUGGCAUUCCUUCCUUUCUUUUCGCCAUGGAUGUGGACUAUGAUGAGGAGGUGCCGGAGGAGGGAGCGCGGCCCGCUGGACGACGAAUGAAGGGAAGGGGCGGCGAAGAUGAUGAUCGCUAUGCCGGAAAGGCUGGCAAGUUCGACAGGCUGGACGAUGACGAUGACGAGACAGGUGCAGCUCGAUCCAUUGAGGGAUGGGUCAUCAUUGUCGCCGGAGUGCAUGAAGAGGCACAGGAGGAUGACAUUUUUGAAGCCUUCUCCGAGUAUGGCGACAUCAAGAACUUGCAUCUGAAUCUGGACCGUCGCACAGGCUUUGUCAAGGGCUACGCUUUCAUCGAGUAUGAAAACAAGCAAGAGGCUGACUUUACAUAGUGCAUGGUUCUGCUCUCUUUUUUCCCACCUUGCUGAUUGCUUCUGAGCGUGGCAGGCUGAUGCAGCAAUCAAGUCGAUGGAUGGAAAUACACUGCUGGACCGACAGAGUUGAUCAGAAGCUUGCAAAAGAGCUCGGGAGCUCUUCGUCUCAGCGACUUUUCACGUAUUCGGAAGGACCACAAGCUGGAUGUGCAUUGGGCCUUUGCAAAGCCUGGCAAGCUGCAGCCUUGGACCGGUGACCCCCGUGACCCGUUGCAUGUCUCCAAAUAUGAAUUCAGGAAGAAGACACGUCGAUGACCUUCUGAAUCGGGCCAAUUCACACAGGUGCAUCAGGAAGCUUCAUGGGUCGC